AUGACAUUGCUUUACACUUCCUCCCCCGAAUGGGCUCAAAUGUGAUCAUGAACAGCUUCAGGAAUGGAGGAUGGGAGUCUGAGGAAAGUCUCUCUGACAACCCCUUUAUAAAGGGAGAAGCUUUUGAGACGAUCAUAGUCAUCAAAUCCGAAGGAUAUCAGAUAUACGUGAAUGGCAAGGAGCAGUACACAUUCAAGCACCGUAUCCCACUGGAAAAAGUGUCAACAUUAAACAUCAAAGGAGUUGUUGAUGUGAAACUUCUUGGCUUCAUACAAAACUGGAGCACAACUUCAUUCCCUACAGAAGUUACAACACAAAUCAUCAGUUUGGGCAGCUCACGUGGGAAACGUUCCACCGUACAGUCAGAGAUCUUGCAGCCAGUCCAAAACCCUAUCCUUCCUUAUGUGGGUCCAAUUUCUGGAGGACUGAGAGUUGGAAUGGCCUUGUACUUGCAGGGAGUUGUUCCCACUAAUGCUGACUGGUUUGUAAUAAAUUUCAAGACCGGGUCAUCUGAGACUGAUGACAUUGCUUUACACUUCCUCCCUCAAAUGGGCUCAAAUGUGAUCAUGAACAGCUUCAGGAAUGGAGGAUGGGAGUCUGAGGAAAGUCUCUCUGACAACCCCUUUAUAAAGGGAGAAGCUUUUGAGACGAUCAUAGUCAUCAAAUCCGAAGGAUAUCAGAUAUACGUGAAUGGCAAGGAGCAGUACACAUUCAAGCACCGUAUCCCACUGGAAAAAGUGUCAACAUUAAACAUCAAAGGAGUUGUUGAUGUGAAACUUCUUGGCUUCAUACAAAACUGGAGCACAACUUCAUUCACUACAGAAGUUACAACACAAAUCAUCAGUUUGGGCAGCUCUCGUGCGGAACGUUCCACCGUACAGUCAGAGAUCUUGCAGCCAGUCCAAAACCCUAUCCUUCCUUAUGUGGGUCCAAUUUCUGGAGGACUGAGAGAUGGAAUGGCCUUGUACUUGCAGGGAGUUGUUCCCACUAAUGCUGACUGGUUUGUAAUAAAUUUCAAGACCGGGUCAUCUGAGACUGAUGACAUUGCUUUACACUUCCUCCCUCAAAUGGGCUCAAAUGUGAUCAUGAACAGCUUCAGGAAUGGAGGAUGGGAGUCUGAGGAAAGUCUCUCUGACAACCCCUUUAUAAAGGGAGAAGCUUUUGAGACGAUCAUAGUCAUCAAAUCCGAAGGAUAUCAGAUAUACGUGAAUGGCAAGGAGCAGUACACAUUCAAGCACCGUAUCCCACUGGAAAAAGUGUCAACAUUAAACAUCAAAGGAGUUGUUGAUGUGAAACUUCUUGGCUUCAUACAAAACUGGAGCACAACUUCAUUCCCUACAGAAGUUACAACACAAAUCAUCAGUUUGGGCAGCUCACGUGGGAAACGUUCCACCGUACAGUCAGAGAUCUUGCAGCCAGUCCAAAACCCUAUCCUUCCUUAUGUGGGUCCAAUUUCUGGAGGACUGAGAGAUGGAAUGGCCUUGUACUUGCAGGGAGUUGUUCCCACUAAUGCUGACUGGUAA